CAACCGUGUUUUGUAUGUUUUUAUUCGGAAAACAUGUUUAUUUACAUUUAAUCUUAAAUAGAGUCAAAAUGAAACCCAAGGGAUUUAAUCUAUAACUCAUAUAUAGUUCAAAAGUAGAAACAGUUUAGGAUUCUAAGGAUGAUGAGUGUUUUAAAUGAUUCGGAUAGCGAAGAUGAGUUGCCGCCAGGAUGGGAGGAAAGAACGACAUUGGACGGGAACGUAUAUUACGUGAAUCAUUACACGAAAGGCACACAGUGGACACAUCCUAGAACUGGUCGUAAAAAGAUUGUCGACGGAGAAUUACCACCUGGAUGGGAAAGAUGUAUAUCGGAUGACGGAAAAGUUCUGUUCAUUGAUCACACAAAUCACAUAACUACAUACACCGAUCCAAGAUUGGCAUUUGCAACUGAGUACAGAGAGAUGUCACAACCAGUGCGACAGAGGUUCGAUGGAAGUAGCACUGCUCUGGCAGUGCUGCAUGGUCGAGAUUUGCGCAAUAAAAUUGCCCUUGUUACAGGAGCCAAUAUAGGCAUUGGAUAUGAAACAGCCAGAUCAUUAGCUUUACAUGGUUGCGAGGUGAUAUUAGCUUGUAGGAACAUAGAAAAGGCUAACGAAGCUAUACGACGUAUCCAGGAAGAGAAGGAGACUGUGAAUUGCUCGACUUUAGAAAUAGAUCUGUCAUCAUUGCGCAGUGUGUGGGAGGCCGCUGAACAGUUCAAGCAGAAAUUCAAGUCUCUUCACAUUCUCAUAUUAAACGCUGGCGUAUUCGGAGCACCUUUUCAGCUUACAAAGGACAAUUACGAGACGACGUUUCAAGUCAAUCACUUGUCGCAGUUUUACUUGACGCUUUUGUUAAAAGAUACUAUACAAAGCUCUAACAAUCCUAGAGUUGUAAUAGUUUCCAGCGAAUCACAUCGAUUUUCAAUGAUACGAAAUGUAGAAGACCUUCAUGAGUUAACUCUGUCUCCACCAGCAUACAAAUACUGGGGAAUGGCAGCAUAUAACGAUUCGAAGCUCUGCAAUCUUUUAUUUGCCCAAGAAUUGGCACGACAGUGGCCUUCCGUGAGUGUAUUUGCUUGCCAUCCGGGCAACUUGGUAUCUACGUCUUUAUCACGUCACUGGUGGCUGUAUCGAUUGCUGUUUGCCUUAGUACGGCCGUUUACAAAAUCAUUGCAACAAGCAGCGAGCACAACAAUAUUCUGUGCAACGGCUCCUGAACUGGAGGGUGUAACAGGUGGUUAUUUCAAUAACUGCUACCGUUGUCAACCAUCAAACGCGGCAUUGGAUCCUGCCCUAGCCGAGCGAUUGUGGACUAUCAGCCAAAGCAUGAUAUUUCAAAGUAACAAAAAAGAAUAAUGAAGACAACUAUGAAAAAAAAAUAAAGUUCAACUUAAUAAGAUAUCAAUCGAUAUCAGUUAGCUGUUAGCAAUAUGUAAGUUAAGCAUAAUUAUCAUAAGUAAAAAGUUGAAUUAUAAUUCUGGCUCUAAUUAUUAUUCAAUAAUACUAUAAAAUAAAAGCUAUUACAAGCCGAGCUGGGUGGUAA